GCUUUAAUCAUAUCGGUUCAAAGAGGACGGAAAAAACAAUAUAUUGUACUGAUAACGAGUCGGUUAUUAUUAACUCCAACGCAGAGGUGCGAGGUAGAUAGGGAAAAGAGCUUAUGAACUUAAGCACAGAAUAUGCUUUCAUUAGUUAUUUUUGUGGUUGUGUGUUCCAAUUGACUCCGACUGGUAUCGGAUAGCCUUCCAUCUGAAUGUGGGUACUGUCGUCCUGGUAGACAACAUAAUAUACAAUGCCACCAGUAAGAGAGAGAAAACCAAAGUAAAAUUUUACUCCCUAUCACCUCCACAGACUUCAAUCAUAAACUUAGGCGCAAACUGAAAAAAACCAUAAUCAUUACUUAAAUCAAACCAUAGGGCAGACAUCUUGAGUAUUUUAAGAAGCAAAUACAUCUAUAUUUAUGAUCUAUAAAACUUUAGAGUAUUUGAUUGGGCUGGCACAGAUAUUUCCAGGUGAUUCAGAAAACAGGCAAGGGGACAGUCAAACCAUGCAGUGGCAGUGACAAAUCGGUCAGAGUCAGAGAUAAGAGUAUACAGUUGAAGAUUGAUUAUAGACAGGAAAUAGACCACACUUUCGGCUAGAAGAGGUUCGGAUGAGCAGUUUUCUAUUAUUAAAUUACUAAUCAACAGGGAACAUUUCGUAUCAAGUUCGUUAGGAGCCCUCUUGAAAGGAUUAUUAUUCGUGAUGAACAUUUUUCGGGGAUUUACCUUAGCCAAGUUAAUUGUUUAAUAGCACUGGAAAUCUACAAGUAAAUUAUAACAUAGAUUAUAGCGCAAUAAUCAAUAAACCUGCGAAUCUCUGAUAAGGUUUUGGUACGAAUCUGAAAAUCAUAUGUAUCUACUAAAUAAUUUCUCUUCAACACACAUAAUGUUGACCAAACGUCGAUAGCCAACAUAAAAACCCAUUUCAGUCUGUUAGUCCCCAUUAAUGCAGGUCGCUGAAAUCAAUUUUUUUAUGGCGACACAUGAAACCAAUUGCUGAUCUAAGCGAUUUGAACGAGUUCUUUGAAAACCUAUGUACAUCAGCAAACCACACGCUCCAAGCUCAGUUUUAUUCAGUUUGUAUCCAAAGAUGGUCAAACAGAAGGUUCCCUUCGUUUUGCUGGUUCUUGCUCAGGCGACUGCGAAUGCAGCGUGGCUGUUGCCCAAGGCUGGCUUCAACGAAUCCAGCUACAGUGUCCGUCAUUUGUCGAUGCAUUACUCGAGAGUAUUUCUCAGUGUGACAGUAAAAGGGAACGAUUCACCCACACUCAUCGAGGCCCAGUGGCCGGUAUCGCGCUUUCCAAUGCCAACUGUGAUAUUUCCCCACCGCGACGUACACGCGAAUGGGGCUCAUUCCGACUGUACGCUGCUGCAGCAAGCGCAUUGGUCGCAGGUGGACAGCCUCAGUCGCUUGUGGGUUAUGGAUGUCGGCUGGCCGGGCAGCAGGUGUUCCCCCAGGCUGUUCGUCUUUGAUUUGAUACGCAACAAUGCGGAGCUCCUGAGAAUUGACUGCGGUCAGCACAUUGACUCCAACAACACCCAAAGCUUGGUUGUAAAACUGGGACCCAGAAUAGAGAGCUGCAAACUUGAACGACACAUAUAUUUCAUCCAGGGCCAAAGCCCGCAUAUUCUGGCCUACGAUAUACUGGAGCAGACCUGGCGAAGUCGUUCCCUGAAGAGCCACAAGUACGAGAGUAUGCAGCAAUCAUUUCCCAUCAAGCCAAUCGACUUCACUUUUGGUCUUCAGGGCGAGUUAAUUGUUGCCGAUCAAGAUGGCGGGCUCUAUAGCUCCGUAGACGUUCUGCAAUGGGAAGAGAAUGCUGCAUUUUCCUCCAACUCUCUAGCAAAAAAACACAUACAACUCACCCGUCAGGGCACCCUUUUGGGCAAGGCUCGCAGCAUGAUCAUGGACAGCUUGGGAACCUUGUACUAUGCCAUAUCCAAGUUUGGAGCGGUUGUGCGGUGUGUCCAGCUGGCUAACAUCACGGCCGAGGGCAACGAAAUCAUCUAUCUGACAUCGAAAAACAUACAACAAAUAUUUUUUGGCACCAAUGGCGCCGUGUGGGUACUAAGUGAUCGUGUCUUGAAGACACAAGAUAUGUGUUUUCCUGGAAUGUUGUAAAACGAUAUGCACAUUUAAACUGUUACUUAAAAUGACUAAAUAUAUAAACCAAAAACAAACAAAUUGUAAGACCUUUCCGCCGCUUAAUCGAUACUAUUUGGCCAAAACUGAUUCGAACGUUCCCAAAAGACUCAGAAUUGUUUAUAUUCCGUGCAUUUCGUUUACUUGUUUUUAUUUGGUGACGUGAUUCGUUUUGGUUCGAUAAUAAUGCUAUGUACUUUAAAUGGG